AUGCAUCCCCGGGACGAGAGAGACUUUGACGACAUCGAAUUGGGACGGCCAGAGGAGGAGAUUCUGUCACCGCCUCCUCCGCGAGAAGAGAAGCCCGUGCGCGAAGUACGCGGCCCAGCCGAUUCCGGACGCGCUUCUGAUGACCGGGUUCCGGAGCGAAAACGUCCUCGAGGCGACUUGAACACUCUCGAUCGUGAUGUGGAUCGAUAUGACCGAAGCAAGCGAGACGGUUCCCAGGGCAGGUAUGAUCGCCGUGGUCGACCGGACGACGGCGGCUCCAGGGAAUGGAAAUAUCGGGACGCCCGAUGUGCUGAGGACGGUAGGCAUGGCCGCGAUGGCGACCUGGAUAGCGGACGGAGCGCUGCCGGGCACUCUAAAGAAGGCUAUUCCAAGGAGGGCUACUCUAAGGAGGGAUAUUCUAAGGAGGGAUAUUCUCGAGACGGUUACUCCCGAGAAGGCUACGGCAGAGAUGGCUACGGCGGUAAAGACGGUUAUGGGGGGAAGGACAGCUACGGGGGGAAGGACAGCUACGGGGGAAAGGAUGGAGGAAUGAAGGAGAGCUAUUCGAGGAGUAAUUAUCGCGACCGAGUUAGCUAUUCUCGAGCAGACUAUCCAGAAGAAAGGAGUUAUCGCAAGACAGCAGACCUUAUCGUCCCCAAGGGUGGAGAGAACCCAGCGAUUACUACCGGCGAGACCGGCCCAGCUACCGGUCUAGCUCGUACAGAGACAACGAUCGCUAUGACCGGGACCGCCAAACGUAUCGGGCAAACGGCUUUUAUAGAGGUGUCCGAGAUAACUCGAGCGAUCCGGUGA